AUGGAGGGAAAGAUUGUUGUUUGUAACACCAGUGACCCCUACGAAAUCUUCGACGCCGUUACUGAAGUUAACAGAACCGGCGGCCAGUUGAAAGAGGUUGUUGAUUAUAUCAAGUCCACCGAAACAGCCACAGGGAACUUGUUAGAAACUAAAGCUAUAGAUGAUGUUACUGCACCCAAUGUUGCUUCAUUCUCGGCCCGAGGGCCUAACUAUUUUUUCCCCGACAUUCUCAAGCCAGCUAUUACUGCUCCAGGAGUUGAAAUCUUCGCACCCUUUUCACCGGCCGGAAACCCUUCCGGGUUUCCUACUGAUCAACAGAUCCGAGGAGUACGCUAUGAUACAUGGAACCUCAAUUUCGUGCAUAAAUCCAAGUUGGUCCCCUUCCGGGUUUACAUAAAUCCAAGUUGGUCCCCUUCCGCGAUCAAAUCCGCUUUAAUGACUACAGGACAUUUAAAUCCUAAAAAAGCUCCAUAUCCAGGACUUGUGUACGAGACCUUACGUGCAGAUUACUUCAAGUGCAUUUGUGGCAAGAACUUGUCAACAGAACUCAACGUCAGCUGCGCCGGAGUGGUUCUGAUCGAAGACAAAGACCUUAAUCAUCCAACAAUGACUGCCAAAGUCGAGAAAGGCAAGAGUUUCAACGUCACGUUCACGAGAACUGUUACAAAUGUUGGUCCGGACAACUCAAUUUACAAUGGCAAAAGCAUACUAGGAUCUUUGGAAGACAUUACUUUGGAUCCAUACAUUUUGUCUUUCAAAGCGCGCAAUGAGAAAAAGUCAUUCCAGUUGAUAGUGGCUGUUACAGAGUUUGAAGGAUUCGGUUCUGCUUCAAUUCAGUGGUUUGACGAAAAGCAUACCGCGAGAAGUCCAAUUGUUGUAUUCACGGACUAA